AUGCACCGCUUGAUGGGGGCCAACAGCACCGCCGCCGCCGCCGGGCAGCCGAAUGUCUCCUGCACGUGCAACUGCAGGCGCUCUUUGUUCCAGAGCAUGGAGAUCACGGAGCUGGAGUUCGUGCAGAUCCUCGUCAUCGUGGUGGUGAUGAUGGUGGUGGUGGUGGUGAUCACCUGCCUGCUGAGCCACUACCGCCUGUCGGCGCACUCCUUCAUUGGCCGGCACGGCCAGGCCCGCCGGAGGGCUGAUGGCCUGGCCUCGGAAGGCUGCCUCUGGCCCUCGGAGACCACCGUCUCGGGAGGCGGAAUCCCUGAGCCACAGGUCUACGCCCCGCCCCGGCCCACCGACCGCCUGACCGUGCCACCCUUCACCCAGCGGGACCGCCUGCACCGCUCCCAGCCCACCUACCCGUACCUGCAGCACGACAUCGACCUGCCGCCCACCAUCUCGCUGUCGGAUGGAGAGGAGCCCCCGCCCUACCAGGGCCCCUGCACCCUCCAGCUGCGGGACCCCGAGCAGCAGCUGGAGCUGAACCGCGAGUCAGUGCGCGCACCUCCCAACAGAACCAUCUUCGACAGCGACCUGAUGGACAGCGCCGUGCUGGGCGGCCCCUGCCCCCCCAGCAGUAACUCGGGCAUCAGCGCCAUGUGCUACGGCAGCGGCGGGCGCAUGGAGGGGCCGCCCCCCACCUACAGCGAGGUCAUCAGGCACUCCUUCCAGCAUCAGCAGGGCAGCGGGCCGCCCUCCCUGCUCCACCACGCACACCUCGCCCCGCUGGAGAGCAAAGAGAAGGAGAAAUACAAGGGGCACCCUCUCUAGGAGCCCGGGGGGCAAGGAGGCUGUUCCUAGGACGGAAGGGGGGUGGGGAGACCCGGGCGGUGCACCUGCGGCCCUCCCGCCCGCCCCCCGCUGUACAAAUGCUCCGUGUUCUGUCUGCUCUGAAUGCACAAGCUGAGGAAGCUUGCAAAAAGCCCCGUUUCUUUGUUGUGUCUUGAAGGCAGAAGAAACCACUCCACUAGACUCUUGCGUUCCUAGUCGAGCUGCGUGCCGAGUGCUUGCUUCUUUUCGUGUAUGACGGUUUCACUUAACUUUAAAGACAUAUUUGCACAAAAACCUUUGUUUAAAGAUCUGCAAUAUUAUAUAUAAAUAUAUAUGAAAUAAGAGAAACUGUAUGUGCGAGGGCAGGAGUAUUUUUGUAUUAGAAGAGGCCUAUUAAAAAAAAAAGUUGUUUUCUGAACUAGAAGAGGGGAAAAUGGCGACUUUUGCGUGCCAACUCGGAAAGGGUGUAUUACCUUGUAGAGAAGCCAUGAAAAAGCAGGGCUCUAGAGUUAUUUAUAUAAAUGUUGAGAUUUUGCACUAUUUUUUAUUAUAAAUGUGUCAGUGCUGGUUGGGUGGCAACUUGGAGCACGUCUGUGAGACUUUAAAAGAGACGUUGAUGGUCCAGGCGCCUGGCCGAGGGCGUGGGUGCGUGCAAGGCCCGUAUAGCCCAGGCCGCGCCCCGGCUGCACAGCGCUGGCACUCCGGCGUGGUCAGCCUCCCGGAGGGGUCCCGCCUUCCCUGCCUGGGCACGGCAGCCUUGGCAACACAGGUGAGGCUGGGACGUCACUGCAGAAGCGCCAGGUCACAGCUGGCGUGCUUUCUUUCCUCCAAAUGAAAUAAACCAUUACUGAAGGAUUCUUAGUUUUUUUUUUUUUUUCCUCCUUUUUAACUCCCCUGUCCCUCCCACUGCUCCCCUCAGCCCCAGUCCCUACCAGCUGCAGCUUCACCACCUGCAGGUGCCCAGGGACAAACAGGCAGCAGCUUGUGGGUUUGCGAGGCUUUGGUUCUGUCCAGCUGGUGCCAACUGAUACUGCAUGUUGGUGGAUCGGCAAGGCCCCAAGUGCUAGCAGCAAAACCUCUUCUCUGCCUGUCUGUCCCGUGCCGAGGUCUCACACCCUGAAGACCCAGACAUGAGGGUGGAAAACCCAGCUUUACCUCCCACACUC